GGCUGGAGCUCUGACCGCGCGGGCCGGACGACGAGCGUGGAGCCGCCUCACCCCGCGCGCCCGGCGCUGCUGGUGCACCUCAGACCUGUCAUCUGGCUCGCCCGCCCCCGCACGCCCGCGUCCCUGGCCGGGUGCUGGGUUCCAUGGUGCUUGUCGUGAGCUUUGGAGCCCGGGUUCGUCUGGGCCCUGCAUAUGGCGGGCUCUUUGGAGUUAAUAAUUCCCCGCCUCACGCGCUCACAAUGAGGGGCAUGUGGACCUCGGCUGCGCCCCCCACCCACGCCUUAAAGGAAAGACUAUGGGAAGCUGAGGAACUUUGGGUACCUGGGGCUGUUAAGCCACAGAACCAAAGCAGACCUGGAGGAGGCGCCUGCACCCAAAUGAGUGUUCCAAAGCCAUCUCUGGCCUGAGCUGCUGGAAAGAUGAAAGGGGAAGUUUCUUGCCUCGUUUUAAACUUUGUUGGCUACGACUUCGGCGGCUACUUCCUGCUUCCACCAUCCCACUUGGGACCUAUUUGCUCAGGGGAGGCAGGACAGGGGAGCAGUGGCUGGUCUUUGAGGCCACCGUGGCACGCUCCAGGAUCUGGUGCAGCAACAUGAUUGGGGACAUGUAGGCGAGCCCAAGAACCGCUCCAGAAGAGGAAGGACCUGCGGACAUUACUUGGCUCCUGUGUUUUCCUCUGCCCCUCUUCUGCCCUCACUGGCUACCGGCCUGGGACUGUGGCCAGUCUUCCAGCAGGACCUUCUCCCGAGGGAUGGGCAGCUGCUGAAGGACGUCUCUGCCAGGGCUUAGUUGGCCACACCAUGAACCUCCAGGCCCAGCCCAAGGCUCAGAAUAAGCGCAAGCGUUGCCCUUUUGGGGACCAGGACCCAGCUUCCAAGGAACAGCCACCACCGCUGAAGGCUCCACCACCGUCCCUCAGAGCGAAGGAGGAACAGUACGAGGCCCACGAAGGCCCAGCAGGGGUUGCCUCCACCACCCAGCCUGUGGAGCUGUCUCCUUCCAACAACCUGGCUCUGCUGAACUCUGUGGUAUAUGGGUCUGAGCGAACCACAGCAGCCAUGUUGUCCCAGCAAGCUCAAGUAGGCUCAGUGAAGUGGCCCAACUCUGUGAUGGCUCCGGGGCGGGGCCUGGAGCGCUCAGGAGGUGGAGGCAUUAGUGACAGUGGCUGGCAGCAACAACCUGGCCAGCCUCCACCCCAUGCCGCGUGGAACCACCUGUCCCUCUACAGUGGGCCCAAAGGGAGCCCUCAUCCAGGCGUAGGGGUCUCCCCCUACUAUAACCACCCCGAGGCACUGAAGGGGAACAAACCUGGGGGUCCACAGCUGGAUCACUAUGGAAAUGCAGUGCAGCCCAUGGUGCCCCAGAAGAUGCAGCUGGACGUGGGGAGGCCCCAGGCACCCUUGAACUCUUUCCAUGCAGCCAAGAAACCCCCAAACCAGACACUGCCCUUGCAACCCUUUCAACUGGCAUUUGGCCACCAGAUGAACCGCCAGGUCUUCCGACAGGGCCCGCAGCCCUCUAACCCCACCUCCUUCCCGCCUCAGAAGCAGCAACAGCAGCAGCAGCCGGCAGCCCUGCCCCAGAUGCAGCUAUUUGAGAACUAUUACUCCAUGCAUCAGCCGCCUUCCCAGCAACCCCAGGACUUUGGCCUGGCACCGGGUGGGCCACUGGGACAGACCCACCUGGCUCAUCACAGCAUGGCCCCCUACCCCUUUCCUCACAAUCCAGAUAUGAACCCCGAACUACGCAAGGCCCUCCUGCAGGACUCCGCCCCACAGCCUGUGCUACCUCAGCCCCAGAUGGCCUUCCCACGGCGCUCCCGCCGUCUCUCCAAGGAGGGGAUUCUGCCUUCCAACUCCCUCGAUGGAGCUGGCACCCAACCUGGGCAGGAGCCCACAGGCAAUCUGUUUCUUCAUCACUGGCCUCUUCAGCAGCCACCACCGGGCUCCCUGGGGCAGCCCCAUUCUGAAGCCCUGGGAUUCUCAUUAGAACUAAGGGAGUCUCAGAUGCUGGCUGAUGGGGAGAGACUGGCACCCAACGGUCGGGAGCGGGAGGCUCCUCCCAUGGGUAAUGAGGAGGUCAUGAGGGCAGGGGGCCUAGGAGACUGUGGACAGAUGAUGCGAGGUGGGGUGAUCCAGAGCACAAGACGGAGGCGCAGGGCGUCCCAGGAGGCUAAUUUGUUGACACUGGCCCAGAAGGCGGUGGAGCUGGCCUCACUGCAGGAUACCAAUGGCUCUGAGGAGAAGCGGAAAAGUGUGCUGGCCUCUACUGCCAAGUGUGGGGUGGAGUUUUCUGAGCCUGCCUUAGCUGCCAAGCGAGCUCGAGAGGAGAGUGGGAUGGUGCCCCUCAUCAUCCCGGUGUCUGUCCCUGUGCGGACGGUGGGUCCAGCUGAGGUGGCCCAAGUGGGAAGUGAUGAGGAUGGGAAGGGUCUUGAACAGUACCCCCCUGAGCACAAGCCAUCGGUCAUCGUUACCCGCAGGCGGUCCACCCGAGUUCCCGGGACGGAUGCUCCAGCUCAGGCUGAAGACCUGAAUGCCAAGUUGGAGGGGGAGCCUUCCAUGCGGAAACCAAAGCAGCGGCCGCGGCCGGAGCCCCUCAUCAUCCCCACCAAGGCGGGCACUUUCAUCGCCCCUCCCGUCUACUCCAACAUCACCCCCUACCAGAGCCACCUGCGUUCUCCUGUCCGCCUAGCUGACCACCCCGCUGAGCGUAGCUUUGAGCUGCCCCCCUACACACCGCCCCCCAUUCUCAGCCCUGUUCGGGAAGGCUCCGGCCUCUACUUCAAUGCCAUCAUAUCCACCAACAGCAUCCCAGCCCCUCCUCCUAUCACGCCAAAGAGUGCCCAUCGCACCCUGCUCCGUUCUAAUAGUUCUGAAGUCACCCCGCCCGUUCUCUCUGUGAUGGGGGAGGCCACCCCCGUGAGCAUCGAACCACGGAUCAACGUUGGUACCCGGUUCCAAGCAGAAAUCCCCAUGAUGAGAGACCGUGCCCUGGCAGCUGCAGACCCCCAUAAGGCUGACUUGGUGUGGCAGCCAUGGGAGCAUCUUGAGAACAGCUGGGAGAAGCAGAGGCAAGUGGAUGACCUGCUGACGGCUGCCUGUUCGAGCAUUUUCCCUGGUGCUGGCACCAAUCAGGAACUGGCCCUGCACUAUCUGCAUGAGUCUCGGGGGGACAUCCUGGAAACACUGAAUAAGCUGCUACUGAAGAAGCCGGUGCGGCCCCACAAUCAUCCGCUGGCGACUUAUCACUACACAGGCUCCGACCAGUGGAAGAUGGCUGAGAGGAAGCUGUUCAACAAGGGCAUUGCCAUCUAUAAGAAAGAUUUCUUCCUGGUGCAGAAGCUGAUCCAGACCAAGACUGUGGCCCAGUGUGUGGAGUUCUACUACACCUACAAGAAACAGGUGAAAAUUGGCCGCAACGGGACGCUCACCUUUGGCGAUGUGGACACAAGCGAUGAGAAGUCAGCCCAAGAGGAAGUUGAAGUGGACCUCAAGACGUCUCAGAAGUUCCCAAGGGUGCCUCCUCCCAGCAGAGAGUCCCCAAGUGAAGAGAGACUGGAGCCCAAGAGGGAAGUGAAAGAGCCCAGAAAGGAGGGGGAGGAGGAGGUGCCAGAACCCCAGGAGAAGGGAGAGCAGGAAGAGGGCCGAGAGCGCAGCCGUCGGGCCGCUGCUGUUAAAGCUACGCAGACACUACAGGCCAAUGAGGCGGCCAAUGAUGUCCUCAUCCUCCGGAGCCACGAACCCAAUGCCCCAGGGCCUGCAGGCGCUCAGACCUCAGAGAAGCCAAGGGAGGGGCCAGGGAAGUCACGAAGGGCACUGCCUUUCACAGAGAAGAAGAAGAAACCCGAGGCAUUUAAUAAAACCCAAAACCAGGAGAACACUUUCCCUUGUAAAAAAUGCGGCAGGGUGUUUUACAAGGUGAAGAGCCGCAGCGCUCACAUGAAGAGUCACGCAGAGCAGGAGAAGAAGGCCGCAGCUCUGAGGCUGAAGGAGAAGGAGGCUGCAGCUGCCGCCGCCGCGCACCAGCAGACACUGAGGGAAGAGAGCGGCGAGGGAGAGAAGGGCUGAGAUGCUGCUGGACCCUCUCGUGGCCUCCCCCUGCACCCUGCACCCUGCACCCGGGAGCCCCUAGAGGGAGUCAGGAGAGGGUCACGUGGACUUUGCUCUGCAAAACAAAUCCGAUAAUGAAAAAUAAACAGGCUCUUUUAUGUACAAAGGCCGAGGACAGUGUUAAGGGCUGCAGGAUCCAGUUCUCUGAGGAUCUGGUCUGUCCAGUGUUCUGCUUCCCUGGAGCCUUGAGAGGCCAGGCCCCUUGGAAGGGGGAAGGGCUCCGCAGCUGCCUCUCAGAUCUGCCAGUCUGUUAGCAUCUCUGCCUUUCUCAUCCCAGGGCCCUAGUAAGCCGAUGGCAAGCCAAGCACAAGCUCACCCCAUGGCAGAUUAUCCCUCUUGGACCUGGAAGGCUGUGCAAACCUUGCUCGAAGCCCCAAACAAAGGGACUCCUUAGAGAAUGGUGGCCUUAUCACACCUGCGUCCAGGCCGGAGCUGCUGCAGUGAUCUGGCUUCAGGCCACCACCUCCCUAGGAGUAUCUCGGAGGGCAGUUUCAACCUCUUUGCUGCUUGUUAACAGCCCGUCUGGGGCUGGGAAAGUUUUCUCAAACAUGUGAGGAAGGGGCCGGUGUUCAUGUCCCCGCUGUCAUCCUGCUACAGGGAAGGCCAGAAGAAGCAGAGUCAGGCUCAAGGGGUCUUUUGACAAGCCUGGUAACUCUUCCUGCUGCCUAUGUUUUAUACCUUUGGGUCCUGGAGGCUGCUGAGGGAGCCUCAAGCAGGUCCUGGGAAGGCCUGGCCUGCUCUUGGGUGCCAGCUCCCUUCUUGCUUGUCCCUGCUCUCAGCAGCUGCCACCUGACCCCAUUGCACCGCACUCAAUGUUGAUAUUCAUAGCCCCCCCCCCCUUUCUGCAUGCUGGAGAUUUCUGGAUCCUUCCCUGGGAGGGGAUGUCUCCUAACUAGGUAAGACAGGAGCCUUCAUUCCUUGACCUGUGUCAUUUGGGAACUAUUUAUUUAUUCUUAAUAUUUAAUUUUUAACAUCCUCAGGGACCAGGGGCCUCUUGCUUUUCAGAGGUUCAAGUGCAUUUAUCCCAAAAUAAGGCAUCCCCAACCCCACCCCCAAUUCCAAGGCUCUGUGGUCCCUUACCUUGUUGCUCUUGCCAGGAGGAAUGGUGGUGGUACUGAAUGGGCUGGGAAGGUGGGGCGUGUCAUCCAAGCCACAGGAAACGAGCAGACGUGGGUGACAUCAAAGACAGUUCUCUGGCUUACCCUUUCUGUACUUUCAGAAUGCCUGAGGGAGCUGGCAGAAGGCCAGAAUUCUAGUUUUGUUUAUCAGCCUGGAUUCUGGCUUGAAGAAACCAUAUUUGGCAUGAAAUUAAAAAGGGCCGGAAUGUUCUGGAGGCCCCUUCGCUUGCCAGUUCCACAGGGGGUCUAAGUUAUUUUUCUGAUAUCAUUACUCGACUUGAGUUGUGCAGAAGAAAGUCUUAAGUGAAUGUGUGUCUGAGUAAAGAACUGAGAAGGAUUCCUCCACGGUUCUGUAGGAAGUAGCCUCAGCCCUGCUGGAAAUCAGAAAUAGACGUGUUUUUAAGCUAUGCACUAUUGAGUGGUUUUUUUGUUUUUGGGACUUUUUUACAUUCAUUUAUGCAUUAGUAUGGUUCUAGGAGGGCUGCCAUUGGGAGUGACAUGUCUCCCUAGAUACCUGGGUGGUUACCUAAACCUCCAGCUUCCCUGUUAGCUUCUUCCAUAGGCUCCUGCAGACUCAAAAGUCUUGAGAUUGCGAAAACUUGGUACCCCCUAGAAGCAAGAGGGCAACACGUUUAGGCUUUCCUCUAAAUCUCUUGUAUAAUGAGUGCCUUCACAGCUUAGCCCCAAAGUGCUACUUAUGGUUCCCAAGGUGUUUUUUUUUUUUUUUCCUAUUUAAACCAUAUUUGGCUCAGGCCCCUUGGACAUGUGAUAUCAAACAUCUUCAGCCACAUGAGACCAACCAGUCCUGGAAAACCUUAAUAAAAAGUGAUUCUACUUUUCUAAGUUCACAGAGACCAGACCAGAUGAAUAUAGCCAGAAAAAAAAAAAAAUCAAGACGCUGCCUUUCGGUGGCGAUUUCGUGAGACACUUUAAGAAGAGUCCAUGCUUCAGGGUGCAGUGUGCAACCUGCACUGUUUCGAGGGCAGAUGCGCUGUGGCAAGAAGCCACAGAGGCUGGCGCAGGCGCAUCCUUACUGGUGCUUUUUCAGAUGAACACACUGGGCUUGGUUUUUGUUGUUCUUCCUUCCUAUUCGGAGCUCUUUGCUUUAAGAAAAGUAACAACUUCAGCCUGCCAUUAGCCUGCCUAGACCGUCUCACCCUGCCUGUCUCCCAGCCUCCACCUGCAUUCAGCGGAGGGCAUGAAACUGACAUAGUGCCUGCGAUCUGGACCGUCUCUGGGGUCUCUUACCCAUCUGAGGGGACAGUGCCGUUACUACUGCCCUCCACUCCUUCAGCAGCCCUCCCCACCCCCCUUAGCUAAGGUACAUACCUGCCCUCUUGCCACCCCACCUCCAACCCUGGCACAGAGGUCCUGUGCUGCUCAUGUCUAAGGGGAUUGCCUAUAUUUAACUGCCUCAGUGACCUGACCUCUUUCUUCUCACGUGCCAGAUGGUAAAGAUGAAGGAGGGACACAACACAUACUCAAGCCUCAGCUGUUUAAAUGUUUUUAUUGGGCCUCUCUUUUCUGGGUUAUUUAUUACUAGACUGGCAAAGCCUAACUCCUUAGGUUUUUACGGGAAGUAUGCAUAUUUUUAUAAAACAGUUGUGUCUAAUCUAACCCACAUUUGGCUGUGUUUGUUGCCUAAAAAAAAAAAAGAAUUGCAGCUGUUGGAACUUUUCCUCAUUUGUCUCAAGUCAAAGGCCUUGUUGGAGAAGACAGAGCACAGGACAGCCUUGAUAGACUGUAAUUACUGUACAAAUAUUUUAAUAGCAUAAAAUAAGUAUAUUCCUUUUAUUUUGAAACAAAAUGAUCAGACACUGCCUUUCGUGUGUUUGUUGCCUGUGG